GGGGGGAGGCGGACGAGGUGGACGCCGAGGUGUGUCCCUGCUUGCCGCGACUCGAACCCCGGCUCGAGCCGGGCCGCCCUGCUGUUCUGCUCUCCGCGAGCUGAGGACGCUCCUCCGCCGCUCGGUUCCCGCUCGGGUGCCGAGUCCUGACCAGGGGCCGGGGGCCAGCGCCCCGUCCCCUGCCCUGAGCACCGAAGAUGAGCUUCCUCUUCAGCAGCCGCUCUUCUAAAACAUUCAAGCCCAAGAAGAAUAUCCCUGAAGGUUCUCAUCAGUAUGAACUCUUGAAACAUGCUGAAGCAACUCUAGGAAGUGGGAAUCUCAGACAAGCUGUUAUGUUGCCAGAGGGAGAGGACCUCAAUGAGUGGAUUGCUGUUAACACUGUGGAUUUCUUCAACCAGAUCAAUAUGUUAUAUGGAACUAUUACAGAAUUCUGUACUGAAGCCAGCUGUCCAGUCAUGUCUGCAGGUCCCAGAUAUGAAUAUCAUUGGGCAGAUGGAACUAAUAUUAAGAAGCCAAUCAAGUGUUCUGCACCAAAAUACAUUGACUAUUUAAUGACUUGGGUUCAGGAUCAGCUUGAUGAUGAAACUCUUUUUCCUUCUAAGAUUGGUGUCCCAUUUCCCAAAAACUUCAUGUCUGUGGCAAAGACCAUUCUGAAACGUCUGUUCAGGGUUUAUGCCCAUAUUUAUCACCAGCACUUUGAUUCAGUGAUGCAGCUGCAAGAGGAGGCCCACCUCAACACCUCCUUUAAGCACUUUAUUUUCUUUGUUCAGGAGUUUAAUCUGAUUGACAGGCGUGAGUUGGCACCUCUUCAGGAAUUAAUUGAGAAGCUUGGAUCGAAAGACAGAUAAAUGUUUCUUCUAGAACACAAUUUCCUUCUUCCUUCAUCUCCUGCUAGAUCUUUCUCAUUGCUAUCUUGUAUAGACUAGUGAUACAAACUUUAAGAAAACAGAAAAAGACACCCAUUAUCUGUGUUACAGAUAAAAUUGUCCUAAAGAGAGAGGGUGCCCUGAUAGCUUCAGAGUGAGACCUUGACACAGCCCAGACCGAGGACUGUGUGACCACUCUUGUUACUGUCAUUCUUGGUUGUGACAAAUAACCUGUUGACUUAUUCUUUCACUGAAGAAAGUAAUUGGAUCUAUUUCUGGUGACAGUAUAAUGGACAUUAAGAAUUUUUAGCAAUAAUUUAUUAACAAGUUUCCUAAACAAAUUUCUUAACAGUCAAAUCAGUUUUAUUCUCUUCCUUAUCAUUUAGAAUUUCUGUGUCACAUUAGAUAGCAUUUUAAUUUCAAGUUUGUAUGCUGAUGUUUUUAUAGAUAACAAUAUACCACUUUUCAGCUAGACAAGGUGGAGUACACCUGUAAUCCCAGUUUUUGGAAGGCUGAAGCAAGAAGAUCACAAGUUCAAGGCUAACCUGGGCAACUUAGUAAGACCUUGCCUCAAAAAAGAAAAAAAAAUAUGUAUAUUUUUCAAAAUCUUUGAUUCUGGUUAAAUGAUAUGGCAUAUAUGAAUGGGAUUGACAGAGUUAUUUUUCAAUGACAUAAUUCUAAUCUUUAUUUGGAAUUGUAUUCACAUCUAAAUAAUUAGGAGUGUACUAAAUAAUUUUUCUGUGACUUCUAAGGAUAGUCUUACAAGUUUUAAUUUUUAAAUGCUUUAUUCAAAUUAAUGUUGCUUUGGCUAAGAAAAAGAAAACUUAAAACAAUUGUGACAGACUUAGAUCUUCAAACCACUACUUAUGUUCAUAUUGUUAUUUGUAAGCCUUGCAAUUCUGAAUAAGAGAGUGAAUUUAGUAUUUAGUACUUCAUUAUUUUAUUUCCUAAAAUUUUUUUAUUUUUAUUUUUUACUGUGACUUGACAGUUUGUAUGAGUAGUGUAGGAAUGCACUGAUUUUACACCAAUAAGAUUACAAUUUAAAAAAAAAAAACCUUUAAGGGUAUACUGUAAUAGAUUUCCUAUCGAUUUGUGGGGGUGGGGAGAGGAAGAGAGGGGUAAGAGAGAGGGAAAGAGUUUAAAAGGAGACAAAAUGGAAGAAGUAAAUUUUAAAUCUUACUCAAUUCCAUUAAUAGGAUGGAUUGAGCCUACCUAGGGGUUUUAACCUGUUUUAAAUAAUACAUCAAAACUUGAAAUUCUUUGUAUUGGAUAAAAGAAUCUUCCCUUUCAGUGAAGACUUGCCUGUUUUUCAUGCUUGAAAUAUACCAGGCAUAGAUUUCCUUGAAGACCUGCCAGACUGGCAAAACUUGAGUUUUGUAAACUAUGAUUUUUGCAAAGCACUCAUCAUUUUUCUCUGAUAAAGAUUAGAUUUGAUAAGGCUUUUUUGUUAUUUAUUCCAAUAGACUAUAAAGAAUUGUGUAGAAACCCCAUUUUCAGAAAGUUUCUAAAUAUGCAUAGAAUUGUGAAAGAACUAUUUCAUCUAAUUUAGGCUAAAAACCUUGCAUCACUGCUUGAAUUUAAAAGUGAGUCCAUUGCUUAGCUAGAGAAGAGGACACCCAUCCUUCCACAUUUUAUGAUAUAUUCCAGUCCACAUUUAUGUUUAUCUAAAGGUCUAAAUGUCAGCUGUUCUGCACAAUUAUGUUGAUCAUUUGCAAACAGGAAAGCAGGUUCCUAAGCCACCACCUAGAACAUAAUGACUUCAUAGCCUUUCAUUUUUAAGUUCUCAAGGAAUGAAAUUUUUCAAUAAUGGUUGUACUGUCAUCCCUAAUUCAAAUAUUUUCAAGUAAAGAGGCUCUCGUUUCUAUAUGUUUUCAAUGAUAGAGAUCCUCUCUAUCUUCAUGACUAGGCCCCAACAUGAACCAAAGAUGGUUACAUGCUAGGACAAUAGUACAAGUAGCUUAUUAGUAGAGUAGAAGUCAAAAGUUUGCUGAUAAUUGGAAGUUUUCUGUAGUCUUUGUUUUCUUUUUUCUUUUGCAUUUUAUUGUUAUUAAGUAGUUGUACCAAGGGGUUACAGUUCCAUGAGUCAGGUUGAAUAUAAUGCUUCUUGAGUAGUGUCACCUCUUCCCUUAGUUCUUCCCCAUUUUUCCUUCUUCUGUCCCUAGCCACAAGUUACACAGUUAAACAUAAUGCACGUUGAAUACAAUGACUGUAUUUGCUCACUCUUCUUCCUUCCAUUUUUCUUCGUUUUGCUCCUCCAAACAUAUUUCCAAUCUAUGAGUUUUUUCUUUUUUUUUAAUGAAAACAUUAAAAAAAAUGAAGACAGCUUCUCAAACCAGUCUGGCUUAACAAUGUACCUAAAUAAUGUAUUUGCUUAUUUUGGGAGGGUAGGAGGAGAAGUGGAGGAAGGGAAGAGUGUGGGAAAAGGAUAGCACCUUGCUGAGUCACUCUUGGAUAAUUAUUUGAAGGAAUCAUUAUCUGUAUUUGCCCAUACCCAGGGCCUGCCUCUGCUGCAACACUUCCUUCCCUUUACUCUGCUAAGAAAUCAUCUCCUCUCAGCAUCUCAUCUUGUCAUACAAUCAGUGGGUGGGAAGUGCUUACUAAAUUAUGAAGUUAAUCCUGUGGUGCUUUAAUUUUCAGGCCUUUAAGAAAAACUUGGACAGUAUAUAUAGAUUUAAAAAACACACUCUUGUACUAUGGUUUUUACAUUGACAGCCAAAUAUAUCAUUUAUUCUCCUUCACAUUGUGAAUAAAGUGACUAAAGGCGCCAGUUAAUAAGGUAUUCAUUCUAUCUUAGACUUUAAGAGCACUAGUUCAGACAGCUACUUACUGGAGAAAUGCAGAUCUGUCUUCUCCAUGACUGAUAACAAAAGCAGAGUUUCUGUAGUGCAGACACAACGGCAACUUCUUGCAAACUUAAGGGUUCCUGUUUAUACUAUUGGCUUCAUUCUGAACAAUGAAGUUAUACUAGCAGAAGAACUUCUUAAACAUAUUACCUCAGAAUCAUAAUCAUGUCAGGCCCAAAGAGUUGUAAACCUUAGAAGUGUGUCUGUAAGCAGCUCCAGGCAUGAUGCUGGGGCUGCCCUGCCUCUUCCUUGAGGCUGCCCCCUGCCACUAAGAAACCCUGGCCAGGAAAAUGUUGGCCUGGCCUGCACACCAAACACUGAGCAUUUUUUUCCUGCUGAUAUCAGGACAGUAAGUGGAUUUGGACUUAGUUUUACUGUUGUAAAAUUGCAGCAAACAGGAAGUAAGAGGCAUCUUCCUAGUUUCAUACUCAGUUUUAAUAUUUCUGGACUGUAAAAGGCUUUGGAAGAUAUACAUGUGGCAACAAUUUUACUGAAGCAUUGAAAUUCACUUGAGUUUUUUCUUGACAGAUUUUAUUUCCAACAUGUAUUCUGCAACUCCACAUGAAUUACCAGUGUGUUAUAGACUGAUUGUAGAACAGCAUUCUGUUUGGCCUACAUCAAAAGUAGUCUUAGUUACCACCUAAAUAUUUUUGAAUGUUCUUUACAUAAAAAUUUAUGUUGUAUUUUUAAACCUUUUGGAACUUUAUCUAUUUUUCUAAGUCAGUUAACUGUACUUUUCAAAAUAAAAGUAUUUUGUAUCUACUUUUGUAAUUUCAUCAGAAUAAAAUAUAUUGAAAGCAAAAAUGA